AUGCCGAAAUGGCAGGUCGGGACUCUUCAAGACGUAUUAAAGGUCAUUUUAGCACGGUGGAACUCGUGUUGGCUGAAUAAAAAUACCAAAGGAAAUGUAGUUGGUGCGGACGCUGGAGAACCCCAGGGACGAAGCAACUGGGGGGAUAUGAAGAGCUUUAGUGACAAACGAUAUGUGGAUAUUGAGGAGAGACGUAAGGACGCUGAGUCUUUGAAGGGCAAGGGUUUCGCGAGAUAA